AUGGAGAUCUACGCUUCUCUUGCUCGGGCGCACAUGGAGGGAUUCGGAACGACCGAGUUCGAACUUCGCGUCCGUAGCAGCCAAAAAUCAUGCGGUCCGUGCACAAUCCGUGGUCGCUCUUUCGCAAACCCUUCACUUGUCGACGAGGUGCUUGCCGCGAGGCGAGUCGCUGACGGUGCGGCAGCAAUUGUUGUGACCACUGCGGACUUUGCGCGAAGGCAUGAUUCCUCUCGGCAGGCAGCGCGGGUACUCGGUUACGGCUUGGUGUCAGGCACUUUCGAGAUCCGGGCCGCAGAUGACGUCGGAAGUCACAUCGGUCGCGGAGCGGCAAUGAGCGCAUACGAGGGAAGCCGGAGUCAGGCUGAGGCGAUGUGGAUGUUCUACCCGAUCGGUGAGGAGCGGCGCGUGGUCUGCGUCCGGUGCGAGUUCAUUGGGAGGCGUGCGUCCGGUCAAUCCGUCAGGUGGGCUCGGAGAUCCGUGGUCAUCCGGUCUCGGCGGCUGGGACUAGCGCAGGUCUUCGAGACAUGUCACGCAGUUGCGUGUGGCAAACGGCGCGGCGACAGGUUCACGGGGCUCGAAUCGCGGUCGCAGAAGAACGGCGGAGGUCUCUACGGCAUCCAGGAAGCCGUCGCCGCGGCUUACAUGAAGGCAAGCGGGAUAUGCGGAUCUGAUUCUGUCGGCGCUGCGACGCCGACGCGAGACCACUAUCGCGUUUCGAUUCACGGAUCGGAACGGGUAAUUCGAGCCGAGCUGACGUAUCGGCAGACCUCUGAACAGAUAGAGCGGAUUGCAGGCUUCGGCGGUCAGGGUCGAGCUUUGUGUCUCUUCUACACCGGUGGAACUACCGGUGAGCCGAAGGGCGUCAUGCUCAGGGACCGAUCUUUGGUCGCCAAUGCCUGGGCCUGCACCACGGCUAGGGAGUGGCCGGCUGAUACCACCAUGCUGCUCACCACGCCGAUGUCUCAUGCUGCCGGUCUGCUCGUCGCACCCGGUCUGCAGCGAGUACAGCUUCGAGUUGCGCAGGUCGUUCGACCCGGACAGGGUUGUCGGCGCAAUCGAAAA